AUGCCCAUACCUGUGGAGAUGGGUCACUCGCAGGAGUCCGAUACGGUAGAACGGUCCUCAGCGCCACAACACGUGUUAUACUUUGCGUACGGUAGCAACAUGAACAGCACGCGGAUCCGGGUGAACAAUCCGUCCGCCAUUUUUGUGGACGUGGCCAUGCUGAGAAACCACGCCCUCGAGUUUGGGCAUUACAGCAAGCGGUGGCAGGGUGCUGUGGCCAGUGUUGGGUGGAAGCCUGGACAAACUGUGUAUGGUGUGGUGUGGCGUCUCCUGGCGGGAGACCUGGGAAGGCUGGAUUUGCAAGAGGGUGUCGCUAAGGGUACCUACAGGAGGUUCUGGGUCCAGGUGUGUGUCACUCCUGCAUUGUUGACUUGA